GCUAAUCAAUCAGCACCAUUUGAACGGCGGCUCAGUUUGAUAGAGGAGCGCAAUAGCAAUCACACGUACGCAGAUCUGGGCAAACGCAGACUAGAGCAUACAGCCUCCAUGUUUGAAACUGCUUCCAAGAAAGCUAAGAAGCUCUCUCUAGACGUCAAAGGUAGGGUGUCAGAUUAAGUUCCUCAGGUGGCAGUGCAAGCCAGCAAGACGGCUGCUCUGUAAACUCAACCCCUCAGCAAGAGAUAAAAAGGCAGCCGGGUAGCCACUAAACUCUUUGCUCUGUGCUGCCAGCAAAGGAUCCGCGUGUGAGGGCUUUUUGUGUACUCCGUACAACGUGCAUGUCUGUGUCAGCUUUGCUUUUAACCCCGGUCGUUGGGCUCUAUCUCCAUCGGCUUUAACACAGCUCCCGGAUGGAACGAACAUCCAGCCGCCGGAGAAUACGCCAACCACGCGGUGAUCUCCAAGAUCCUCCGAGAGUUUCGUCACAGCCAGCUCAAGCUAACACAAGUAGCCAAGCCGCAGGUUGGUCAAGAAGCUACUUGGCGUCUGUCGUCAUCUUCCUAGUUCUCGUGGUAAGCUUCUUGGGAGCUCUGCGAAUCCCAAGGUCUCCUCCGUAUUAUUCGUCACAAAACCGGGUUCUAGGCCCGACGCAGCAGCAGCAGCAUCCUGGCGCUCAGAGGCUGCAUCCCGAGGCGCAUAUUUAUCGGACUGUUAGAACAAUCCGUCUCAACUGGACGGUAACUGCGGGUUAUCGUCGUCCUGACGGUGUGCUGAAACGCAUCUAUCUUGUAAAUGGGCAAUUUCCAGGCCCGGUCGUUGAAGCCCGAUCUGGAGAUCGUUUGAUUGUGGAUGUAAGAAAUGGCUUGGAGGAUGAGGGUGUCUCGGUGCAUUGGCAUGGCCUGCAUAUGAGAGGUUGUUUUUAACAUUGAAUAGCGCAGUAAGUUAACUAGAGGUUCUCGCGUUGCUAACAUCGUCAAGAUGCAAACCGAAUGGAUGGCACAGUAGGAGUGACCCAGUGUGCUAUCAACCCCGGAGAUUCCUUUCGCUAUGAUUUUACUAUUUCCGAUUCGCAAAGCGGAACGUAUUGGUAUCACGCUCAUUCCGGCUUGCAGAGAGCAGAUGGUCUAUACGGUGGUUUGGUGGUUCAUCAACCGUCACCAAAAGCUAUUCGAGGAACUCAAUCCCGAAACGCGGAAUCAGAUAUCUUGAAAUAUAAGUAUCAGAAAGAAAUUCUCCUACUGGUUGGGGAUUGGUACCAUAGGCCCGCGGACGAUGUCCUGAAAUGGUAUAUGCGGGCAGCCUCAUACGGGAAUGAACCUGUACCGGAUUCUCUUCUCGUCAAUGGAGUCGGUCGCUUUGAUUGCGCCAGGGCAGUCCCAGCGCGUCCUAUCGACUGUUCCAGUAAAACUCCCAUGCCUCAUUUUAUGAUUGACCCUACCCAGUCAUACCGGGUCCGAGUCGUGAAUACCGGAUCUCUUGCAGGGUUUUCUCUUGGGUUUUCCCAAGGGAAUAUAAGCCUUACCCAUGUUGACGGAGGCUUGGAUGUGCAGCACUUUAAACAGUCAAAGGCAUCCAAUUCGAAGUCUAUAGGAAUUCUCUAUCCAGGUCAACGAGUAGAUUUUAUCCUGCAGCACCAUCAAAACGCGCGAGGGAAGUCCUCCCUCACCGUGGAGUUGGAUCCUGAUUGUUUCAAAUAUCCCAACCCAGCACUCUCUUCUGCCCAAGCCUUUCCGAUAUACAACGCCAACUCAAACAAUAUUAAAACAUACAGUCCACAGCCCCUACAUAUCCUCUCAAGUACUCACAUUAACCUCACUCAGGUUUCAUCCACUGCGGCGGUGCUCUCCGGCCUUCCGCCUGAAGCCCAGCAGACUUACGUUAUAUAUACAAAGAUAUCCCAAAUGUCGAAGAACCAGAACAUGCCUUUUGGUUACUUUAAUCAGACAUCAUGGCGUCCGCAAUCAGACCCUCCACACCCUCUGGUCGACCUUGAUCCGCACCAUUGGGAUAAAAACCAGUUCGCGAUUUCGACAGGGAGUAAGCCCGUCUGGGUCGACCUUGUCGUUAAUAAUCUAGACGAAGGACCACAUCCGUUUCAUCUUCACGGCCACAACUUCUUCAUUCUCACUAUCCAUUCCUCAUCUCGUGGAUGGGGCUCAUAUAACCCAUUCAGCCCUCAUCAACAGCAUCAACAAUACCGACCAACUUCGAUGGACCUUGCUAGAGCCCUGCUGCGGGAUACAGUGCAAAUACCACCACGGGGACAUGCCGUCCUACGGUUUCGCGCUGAUAAUCCAGGCAUCUGGCUGUUUCACUGCCAUAUCCUGUGGCAUUUGGCAAGUGGGAUGGCAAUGGUGUUUGACGUUAUGAACGGAUCUCAGACAGGAAAUGGCCACGGCCUGGCUGGUGGGGGAGCCAUGGAGAUGUGUCGAUAUCUAUAACUAAAUUUGGCCUUUUUUCUUUUACUUUUAAUCAUGGGAAAUCGGGGGGUAGGCAGAAUUGGAACGGAUGGAGACGGACGCAAACGUAUCCGUUUUUAGAUCCAUCUAUAGAGAAGAUACUAAGACGCUCUCAUUCCAUAGAAUAUAUCAUCGGCUUAAACCGAAUUCCUCAGUGAGCUUGAGAAGAAAAGUUGAGAGAGAGUCAUUUCUAAACAUAACGUAAAUACUGCCUGCGCCACGCAGAUGGCUCAUGAUAUGUCCUACGUACGUAUUUACUCCAUGGAAAAUAUAUGCAACCAGGCUAGACUACAUAGCAAUAAGGUACUAGGUUGGGUUUGAUAGUAAUUACUAGAGGAUAUGAGUUGUUAUGUAUUGAAUAUAUAUGCCCUUGUAUCCUGUUUUUGUAAACGCCGCCCAAAGAACCUUUGACGAGAGAAAAACAGCAAGAGGACUUCUCUUAAAAAUAAAAUAAAAAUAAAAAUAAAAA